AUGGCGUCAACGAUGAUCUCGUCGAAUCCUGUAACGAACUCGACCGCGAACUCGGAUCGGUCCAAGAGAAAAAAGAAGAGGAAAGCUGCUUCGGCGGAGCAAUCCAAACAGGAGGAAGCUCUGAAAUGGAGAACCGAGUCUCAGCAGCAAAUCUACUCCUCCAAGCUCAUCCAGGCGUUGAGCCAGGUCCAGCUCAAUCCGAGCUCGCCUUCGGCUCCGCGCCGCGGCCGAGCCGUCCGCGAGGCCGCCGACCGCGCCCUCGCGGUGUCCGCCAGGGGCAGGUCGAGGUGGAGCCGAGCCAUCCUGACCAGCCGGAUCAAGCUCAAGUUCCGCAAGCAGCAGAAUAAGCACCAGCAGCGGCAGAGAAUCGUCUCCGCCGUUGCCGCCGCCGGCGGCAGCGGCCGCGCGAGGAAGCCGAGAGUCAGCGUGCUGAGGUUGAGAGGUAAGAGCCUGCCUGCGGUCCAGAGGAAAGUCCGGCUCCUCGGCCGGCUUGUUCCCGGCUGCAAGAAGGAACCGCUGCCGGUGAUUCUGGAGGAAGCCACCGAUUACAUCGCUGCCUUGGAGAUGCAGGUUCGUGCCAUGAGUGCCCUCGCCGAGCUCCUGUCCGGCUCCAACCAAGCCGCCGGCAGCUCCAGUGCCUCCAGCUGA